AUGUACCAUAUCGAACUUCUACGUGACGAUCUGGGGAAUGGAGGUGUGAAGGCACGGCUAUUGAGCCCACUUGAGAUCCAGUACCUAACUGGUUGUGUGACUCAGAAGGACGGACUAGAAAGAUACAAACAUGACCGCACCUGUAUCACCCUCCAUCUAUUGGGGUCUGAGCUUGCAUCUGGUUCUAUAACCCUAUUUGGUGGAAUAAUGAAUGUCAACGACAACCAUUGGAUAGCAUUCAUCAUUUCUACUGCUGAAUCCACUAUUUACCUUGCCGACUCCCUAUGUUGGCCAGUGGGUGGAAAUCAACACUCACACACCACUCAAGCAGCUACCAAGAUCCUCCAAUGGUGGCUUGAUGUAUCCUAUUCCAAGUCAAAUCAGUCCACAGCCCCAUUCCAGAUUGCGUGGCUCCUGAUAGCUUACCAAACAGACUCCUCAUCAUGUGGCCUCUUCACUCUCAAUGCUCUAAUGCAUCGCCUUCUCCCCGAAAAACACUCACUCCAGACUGGCAAUGGAGCACUGGCCCUACGUGCAGAAUUCCUAGAAUCAAUCCUUGACUGUCAUAUGCAACAUGUACAUACCAAACCCACCCUUCCUGCAGCACCCAUGUCUCCCCCCGCUCCCAUGUCUCCCCCCGCACCAGUGGCAGCUGCUGCACUGAAUCGCUCAGAAGAAGUACCUUACACAAGCACAUCAGAACGAGAACGGAAGCGGCUGGAUCUCACCAUUAAAGAGGAGGACAAAGGCCGUGGAUUGCUUCACUUCUUUAGCCCCACAAGCCAUGAAGAAUACCAAGCCCAGUUGGCUGCAGAGUAUGAGAGGAUGACAGAAAGACAGGAAGAACUCCGUCUUUCGGUGAGGAGAGCUGCCAUCAGAAAAGUAGAGCAGGCCCGUAAGUCAGCCAAAGAGCGACAAUGCCGCCACCGAGCAUCUCAGAAGCCAGUGGCAAAUAAAGAUGAUGAGCACAUCAAACAUGGGAGCCAUACCUGUGAAGGCGAGGUGACAGUGUCACCCAUUGUUGUCUUGAAACCGAUGGCACUGUCACGACCAUGCAUUCUGACCCAGAUGCCGGCCCUUAUUCUGUUUCAUUUUGUCACCUGA